AUUACCCUUGUUGCCUCGCAUUCCAUUCUUCAGGUGGAUGGACAAAGCUGCAAUUGUAGAGACAUCUCCUCUCAAUAGUCUAGAGGAACAAGAAAAGAAAGGAAAGAUUUGCACAGUUGCAGAAGUGAGUAGAGUAAAAGUUCUACUAGAAAUGGUGCCUAUGUGGACAACCUUCCUUGUAUACAGUCUUGUAGAGGCAACAGGGAGCACUUUCUUUAUUGAACAAACUACUAACUUGAAUGAUGAAAUUAAUAUUGGCAAAACAUUCAUUGUCCCAAUUGUUACAUUCUUUGUAAUCCAGUCCUUUUCAAGCUUCGCAUUCUCUAAUAUGUAUGACUUACUAGUCCCAAAGCUGUGGGGUGGAGCAAAUCGGCAGCGUACUAUGCUUGUGAGAAUUGGAAGUGGGAUGGUUUGUUCAAUAUUAUGUUGCAUUACUGCUUGGCAGGUUGAGGUCCACAGGUUGCAUUUAGUUCGGAAAGGGAGACUCACAGACAAGUCAGACCAAACCAUUUCCAUGAGCAUAUUUUGGUUAGCCCCUCAGUUCUGCCUAUUAGGGCUUAUGGAAGGACUUGCUGAAGAAGGGCUCCAAGAUUUCUUCAACCAUCAUGUUGAUGAAUCCAUGAGGAGCUACGGGCCAGCAUUCGGUGAUUGUAUAUUAGGUAUUGGGAAAUUCCUGUGCAUACCUUUUGUGCUUGCUUUUAGAGGCUGGUUUAAGGACACUCUAGAUGAGAGUCACUUGGAUGAGUAUUACAGAAUGUUAGCAAUGCUAAGUGUUGUGAACCUAUGCUUUUACUGGUACGUAUCAAACAUGUAUGGCGCCUUUAAAGAAGCUCAGGUAGAGGAGGUCGCCCUCGAUCCACUCCUAGUCCUAGAAGAAGGUUUUAGAAGCAUAGUAACAAAAUUUCACCACAGAUCCUGGAGCUGGACUGCUGGAAUUUUAUCCUCCUCCAAUCCACAUGCAUGCUCUCAUUACAAAGUUGCAACGGUGCUCCCUUUUCGCUCCAAUACGUUUAGUUGA